GCUUAUAAUAAUUUGGUCUAAUAAAAAUGAAUGUAGUUUCCCGCGUUGUUGAAUUAAGAGCAACAAAUGAGAAUGUGGAUUGAGGAAUGAUCGGCAAUCUGUUAUGGCGCCAAUUCAUAAACCCUCAUCGGCGUCAUCCACUUGUAUUAAUUCGUUUAUUCUCCGAUCAACAAUCUCAAUCCCAAUACAUCCAACUCUCUCAACAGAUGUGCGAAUCGAUGCAAGUUUGUUCCUCCACACCCACUGCUCGAAAGCUUCACGCGCAACUCAUCUCCACAGGAUUAUGCUUUUCCAUUUUCCUUCAAAACCACCUCCUCCAUAUGUACUUCAACUGUCACUCUCUCCAUGACGCUACCCUUGUUUUUUCUGCCAUGGAAUUUCCCAAUGUUUUUACCUAUAAUACCAUGAUCACUGGGUUAGGUAAUGCGGGUACCAUAGGGAAGGCCAAGGAGGUGUUUGAUCAAAUGCCUCACAGAGAUUCCGUUUCUUGGAACUCUAUGAUGUCUGCUUAUUUCAGAAAUGGCAAGUAUGAGGAUGUUCUCGAGGUGUUUGUUUUCAUGUUUCGGAACUUUACAUGUUUCAUUAACUUGCUCUCCUUCUCUUGUGCCAUGAAGGCUUGUGGUGCUCUUGCUUGUUUCAGGUGGGCUUCUCAGUUACAUGGUAUUGCGGAGAAAUUUGAUUUUGGAAGAGCCAACUUGUCGAUUCGAAUUUCAGUGCUGGACAUGUAUAUUAAGUCUGGUAAGAUUAGCCAUGCAGAGAAAGUAUUUUUGAGCAUCCCAAAUCCGAGUUUAUUUUGCUUCAAUAGUAUGCUUUACGGCUAUUCUAAUUCUUAUGGGAUUGGAAAGGCUCUCAACUUAUUCAACCGAAUGCCAGAACGUGACAAUGUGUCUUGGAGCACAAUGAUUUCUGUACUCUCGCAGCAUGGAUUAAGUGUUCCUUCUCUCAGUAUGUUUAUUGAUAUGUGUACUCAAGGUUUUAGACCCAAUUCCAUGACAUUUGCUUGCGUUCUCGGUGCAUGCACCAGCAUUUGUGAUAUAAAAUGGGGUACUCAUAUACAUGCUUGGAUGGUGAGAAUGGGAACCAUCAUUGAUGUUUAUGUUGGUAAUGGUCUCGUUGAUAUGUAUGCAAAAUUUGGGCGUUUAGACUUAGCUAGGCGGGUUUUUAACAGCUUAAUUGAGCAUAAUGCAGUUUCAUGGACUUCUUUGAUUAAUGGAACUGCACACUGUGGGAAUGAAGAAGAAGCACUGCUGCUAUUUAAUCAAAUGAGGCAGAUUCCUAUUGCCUUGGAUGAGUUUACUCUUGCUAUAAUUCUUAAAGUUUGCUCCCAUCCGAACUCUGUUUUUAUUGGCUCACAACUUCAUGCAAUCACUAUUAAGACUGGGAUGGCUUCCUUUGUUACCGUGGGGAAUUCUCUUAUAACAAUGUACUCGAAAUGUGAUGAUCCUCAGAAAGCAAUUUCUGUGUCUGAAAUGAUGAAGGUCAGAAAUAUAAUAACCUGGACAGCUAUGAUAAACGCAUUCUCUAAAGCAGGUGAUGUUAAAAAUGCACAGGCUUGUUUUGAGAAAACUCCCGACUGUAAUGUCAUAACUUGGAACUCCAUGAUAAGCAUGUAUAUUCAGCAUGGCUUUUGGGAAUGCAGUCUCAAAUUGUAUGUGCAAAUGCAAAGGGAACGCAUUAUUCCAGAUGACAUAACCUUUGCAACUUCAAUCAGUGCUUGUGCUGACUUAGCAAUGUUAAAACUUGGAACACAAAUCAUAGUGCAGGCUGAAAAACUAGGGUUUGGAUCUGAUGUUUCAGUUGCGAAUAGUGUUGUUACCAUGUAUUCAAGGUGUGGACAAAUUGACGAAGCACAGAAAGUUUUUGACUUAAUAAGUAUGAAAAAUUUAGUUUCUUGGAAUUCAAUGAUAGCUGGAUAUGCUCAGAAUGGUCAUGGCAGGAUAGCAAUAGAGAUUUUUAAGAGUAUGUUAAGGAUGGAAUACAAACCUGAUCAUAUCACCUAUAUAUCUGUUUUAUCAGGUUGUAGCUAUGCAGGCCUUGUAACGGAAGGGAAACAUUAUUUCGAUUCUAUGACUAAGGAUUAUGGCAUCUUGCCAACUCAUGAACAUUUUACAUGCAUGGUAGACCUACUUGGAAGGGCUGGAUUGCUGGAGCAGGCCAAAACUUUGAUCAAAGAAAUGCCUUUUAUGCCAAAUGUUGAUGUUUUGGGGGCUCUGCUCAGUGCUUGCAAGAUCCAUUGGAACUCAAAAUUAGCAGAAUUUGCAGCGAAGAACUUGCUUGAAUUGGAUGUGGAUAAAUCUGGGGGUUGCAUACUUCUAGCGCAUAUAUAUUCAGAUUGUGGCAAAUUGGAAGAUGUUGCAGAUAUCAGAAAAUUGAUAAAAGAUAAAGGGAUCCAGAAAAAUCCUGGUUAUAGCUGGAUAGAGGUUGAUAACCAGGUAAAUGUGUUUGCUGUAAAUGAGACAAAUCACCCGCGUAUCAAGGAAAUAUGGACAAUGAUAGAUGUUGUUGUUGAUGCAUUACUUUUGAAUGUUCAAGUGGAUGAAUUUAGUGCAGAAUGAGCACCUAAACUGCAGAGUAACAGUGUGGAGAUAAGAGUCUGAGAAGCUCUUGAAGGUAAUAUCAAGUUGGAAUGGCUCACAGCUCACAAAAGGAAAGAAUGUCACUGUUUCAUAAUUUUGUCAAAAGGUGCAUCAACAUCUGCAGGAAGGAGGUGUGCUCCUUGAAUCUAAAUCGAAAUUGAUUGGACCUACGAAGCUCUUUUUUUUUUGUCGAAACCUAAGAAGCUCAUUGAUGCUACAAUUUCAGGUAUGUGCCUCGAGAUACAUAUUAUUAUACUGCAAUUAUUUUUGCCCGCUCUAGGAGCCAUAACAGUAACAGGCUUGCUUGGGUUGAUAGUCUCCAAGACAGUUUGCUGUCAUAACUGUCAACUUAUUAUGUAAUUGCAAUUAUCCUAAUGCAUUUGCAUUUCAUAAUUUCAAGAAACAUCUUUCACUUUUGGAGAUUUUUAUGGAGAUGGAAGAAGGAUCAAUCUGUUAUCGAGCACUUCCACUUCCUCAGAUUUGAUGCCACAUUCUAGUGCUUGUUGAAUAGUUGAGAACUUUAUUUUGCAUUAUUAACAAAAUUCAACAGAAGGUACAUAGUGACAAAUGCAACAAAUCCCAUAUACUUAAGAUGUGUACUUUUAGAUUUUUUUUUAAAAUGGCUAUUUACUUACUGGCAUCCAACAAUAAAGCUUCAUCAAUGCUCCGCACUAUGCUCUAGCUCCAGUCUUUUAACUCUCAGCUUGCUGUGUGCAGGAAUAUUGUAAAUAAAUUUCAAGAACAAGAUCACUCUUGCAUUUAUCUACUUUGUGAACUUUACAUCCGGAUUUCUCAUCGGUUUGAGCCACAUGUCAGCCAUUAUUCUUGAGGAAAUGCUCCACAGCAGAUCUUGCCCCUUUACCAACACAUGUUUUCCCCUUUUCCCCCCCUUUGCCAGUCCAUAUGCCACCAGCCAAUGCAUUGCAGUCAGCCUAUGCCUCUCUGUAUCCCAGAUAUUCCUUUUUCCUCCCGUCCUCAGCUUCAAGCCACCAACAUGCAAACUUGUCACCUUAAAUUUAUUUUCCUCAUCAAUCAUUUCUUCCUUGAUAUCAGCGCAUGUUGCAUGAAUAAGUGCUACAACGGGACCUCCAACUGCCUCAUAUUGCCUUAAGGGAUCCCGUAGCUGGACUACCACUGCCAUGGUGAUUGAUGCUGGGUCCCCCGACUCACUAUCAGAAGUAGAUGAGCUGUAAUUUUUGAUCCAGUCCUCGAGUGGAAUGGCUGAAACCAGAGGUUGAUGUUGUUCUUUUUCACCUGUUCUUGUUUUUUCAGAGAGCGGAGAGACUUCAAAUGGUGCCUCUUCCUCUGCCAUUCCUGCCUGAAUUUUCAAGGCCUCAACUGACAUCGCCUCAAUCUUCUGCAAUGAGAAUGCCAAAAUUUCCUCUGCUGUCAAUGGCUUUUCAUCAACACUCCAAAUUCCUGUUGUAACCCUCUCUUUUCUACCUGUAUUCAUUGCAGUAGCCAUGGUUUUUACUGAAGCAAUGGUACGAGCAGCUCUUGAACUAGCACCUUCUUUGUUUCUCCCUUGGAUGAUUGCCGAAGCAAUGCCUUCAAAAGCUAUCUGUUCUGCAGUUUUCCCUAUCAGUUCCUCCACGGGCAUCAGCGACAAGAUUUCAGAGCUGAGUUCCUCAAAACCAAUAGCUGCCAUUUGUUGAAAUAAUUCAAACCCACUUUGGGAUUUGUUUGCCGGUAUUACAAUUGGUUUUGAUAGCUGCAUAGCUAACGUUGGAGGGUCUUUCUUUGCAACAAUAGUAUUCAGAGGAUUCAUGGCUGCCAAAUAGCCUCCAUUCCUAGUUUGCACUACACAACCUAAUCCCUUGCCAAGAUCAGAGACGUACACUUUUGAGUCAGCCUCUGUGGAAUCAUCAGCUUCCCCAAGUUGGAAAGAGGAAACUUCGAAUCUGUAUGUAUCGAGCUCUUCAUCCUCAAGCAUAUCAAGAAAUUCUCUGGUUACUGUCUCUUCAUCAGCUUCUAGUUUAUGCGACUCACUUUCAUUCUCUGUUUUAACUAAAUUUUCUUCUCCCAUCUUAGAUUCAAGUGCCUUUAUCUGCUGAGCAAUAGAAUCAAGCUCCGUUAACCUGGUAAGAUGUACCUGAUCAUCGUGCACGAUCUCCUUAACAACCUCACUGGAUGCUGACUUCACUUCAACAUUUUCUUCAGACCCUCCGUCCCCAAUCUCUUCUUUCUCUUGAAUCUCGACUCCUUUAUCCACAACAUCAAAGUCUGGAAGUUCAAGCUCUUCAAUCUUUGGUUCUGGAUCCUUCGGUUUCUGAACUGAGGAAGGUGGGGCAGGAAGUGGUGCUGGCUCAUCAAGGUUCAAGUCGUCCAUUCCUUGAAGAUCUACUGCUGGUUUUGACUGUGAAGGAGUCCAAGCUUCGCUUCGACUUGACAUUCUCGGACUUGGGACACUGAAUGAUGUUUUAGACUGUUUACGACCAAAAGAAGAAGUGAAGUUUUUCGAUUUACUUGAUUUAAAUCCGUCAGCAUAAAUAUCAAUACCUCCUUCCUUCUCCAUAAUCUGAAAUCCCAAUUUCAGAACAAGUUCUCCACCUUUUGCCUUUCCUGACAGGUUGAAACUGGUAUCCCACUGCCGAAUCCGGGUACCUUCUUGAUUCUUCUCCAUAGAUUCCUGAAUCAGAUGGCUUAAAUCGACAGGACCUCUACCGAAAUCAAGCUCUUCAGCGUCAACUGCAAAAACAUAAAUCCAGAAUGGGCGCGGCUCAAAUUUUAACUGCUUUCCAUUGCCUGGAGUGCAGUACACGUGACACUUGAAGAAAAGGGUUUCUUCGAAAUCAGCAGCUCCCUGUGAAACUCUCGAUGGCAUAGUGUGUACUGCUCCAUCUUUAGUUUCUUUCUUCCUAAUACAAACAGAAAGGCGGAGGCCAUUCAUUGAAGCAGGAAGACCCUGGACAGCAACAACUUCUACAGAGAACAAACAGCUGAGUUUCUGCAUCCCAAUAUGAGAAAGAGCGCGAAUUGGUUUCCAGUUCCAAAUCCCCUUUUUCUCCGAGGAAGCUGUUGUGUCAUCCAGUUUCUUAGUGUCUGUUCGAUUGGAUGGCUUUGCUCGAUCACUCGGUGCAUUGUCGUCAGGCUGGGGCCUAGAACGCCAUGGAGACAAGGACAUGCGCCUGGAGCGAGGCCUGGAGGCGGAUUUGUCAUCAGGCUUGGAAGUGGUAAUCUCAGCGAGAGAAGUUAGCGCCGGAACUGAAGUACGAGGAAGUGCAAGGGAAGCAGGUCUUCUGUUGGUGGUGGCAGUAUGAGUUUGGUAGAGAGAGAGACUGAGUUCUUCAAGUUCAUCCAAAAGCUGAGUAUUGGAAUUCCUCCUGUCGGAGGAUUGUGGUGCUGCCAUAAGUUGGAAGCGAUGAAAAGAAAAAUCCAGGUAUUGCAGGGAAGAGUAUCUGUUGCAGAUGAAUUAGAGGAUAAGGGAUUUGUUCGGAAGUUUAUGAGGUGGAGAAUAUAAUAACGUUUGGGUUAUAGUUAUGGUGCUUGGUGCAAAAUGUGGCCACGGAUAAGAGAAGAAGGAGAUUGAAGAAGAAGCAACUGAAGUUCUCCGGCAUGAUUCCCUAAACUAGAGUCGGAAAUUUUGUUUUCGGAGCUCGUGGUAUCAGACCAAGCCUUAGCACAUUCAAUGCGCUCUGCUGCUACCUUUGUCAUCAUGAAACGAUUUGAGCGCAUCAGCUGUGGAAAUAGAAUGCACAGUUUCAUACAAUUCCUGGAAUUGAUUUCUCCUUUCUUGUGUUUCAAUCAGACUCGCUUUCAGUCCAUCCGGAAGACAGGCAAAUGCACUUGUAAAAAGAAAGAGAGGAUGAAUUUGAAGAAUUCAUAACAAUCUACACUAGUAAUAUAUUAAAUGAAUUUUUAAUGAGCUU